CGGCUGCGGGAAGACGUCGCUGCUGAUGGUCUUCGCCGACGGGGCCUUUCCCGAGAGCUACACCCCCACAGUGUUUGAGCGGUAUAUUGUCAAUAUGCAAAUAAAGGGCAAGCCUGUAUGCCUCCAAAUCUGGGACACAGCAGGACAAGAUGACUAUGACCGUCUGCGGCCCCUGUUCUAUCCUGAUGCCAGCGUCCUGCUCCUCUGCUUCGACGUCACCAGCCCACACAGCUUUGACAAUGUCUUCAACCGAUGGUACCCGGAGGCGAAUCACUUCUGCAAGGAGGUGCCUGUCAUCGUCGUGGGCUGCAAAACUGACCUGCGCAAGGACAAGACGCUGGUGAAUAAGCUGCGGAAAAAUGGGUUGGAGCCUGUGACCUACCACAGGGGCCAGGAGAUGGCGAGGUCUGUGGGUGCAGUGGCCUACCUCGAGUGCUCGGCUCGUCUCCAUGACAACAUCCACGCCGUCUUCCAGGAGGCAGCCGUUGUAGCUCUCAGCAGUCGCAGUCGCAACUUCUGGCGGAGAGUUACCCAGAGCCUUUGUGUGGUGACCUGACUGGCCUGGGGCCCUCCCUGGGCCAUCUCUGCCCCAACUGCCCAGCAGCCCAGGACAAAGCUGGGCGCUGACCUUCUGCCAAGUUGUCUGGGUUGGAUGCAGCCCCCAGGCUGACUGCUGAACUGUACCUCUAUAAAGGGGCACCACCGAGUCUGGGGCUUGGAAACCCUGGACAGUAGAAGGGAGUUUUCGGGCCCACCAGCCCUGCAGAGAGCUGGUUCUACAGUACCCUGGAAUCACUCAAUCGGACACCCAUCCUCCAGUCCUGGACCCUCAUCUUCCGGUGGCCAUAUGCACCUUGGCACCACCUCAUGGCUGUUCUCAGGGUUGCACCUGCCUGGCCAGUUGUUCUUAGUACUAUCCUGCCUGAACCCACCUCUGCCCUUUGUCCCCCUUUGCCUUAGUGGUAACUAUAGCAACUAAAAUGACAUCACUUGUCA